AUGGCGGCCAGACCUGAGCAAGAGCUGGGCCGGGCGCGCUUCGUCUAUGUGACUCGCUUCGGCUCACACCAGUGUGGCAGCGUCCUGCAGUUCGACGGCCGCCGGGCGCGAGGCCGUUGGGGCCUGGGGCACGGGACCCGCUGCAGUCCCAAGAAGCAGCGGGAAUCGGAGGCGGGGGCCCCGGGCGGCCAGGAGCUGUGCUUGGUCCCAGAGCUGCCCCCUGGCGUCGGUCCCUCGGCCCCCGAGGCCGCCUUCGCCGCCGCUGCGGCCUCUGCUUCCCCGCAAUUGAAGGCGUCGAGGGCACAGAGCGGCCCCUGGCGAGCAGCGCGUGCAGGUGGUGCAGCUGGAUGGGACUGGGCGGGGGUGCGGGGUGGAGACGGAAGCCUGGGCUAG